UGGGCUGGGCGCCCAGUGAGCCUUUCAUUUGGCUUCACUCGGCAGAGGCGGACUCUGUGCUGUCCAACACUUACUAAGAGCUGGAAAUUUUCUAACUUAAUUUGUGUGGAUCUGUAAAUGAAGUCGAAAACAGACCGACUGGGAGCUAAUUUGUGAUGGCGCAGGACAUUAGCAGUUUAAAUGGAGAGGACUAUUUAGAGGGAAAAUCCCCCUGUUGUUCAGUCUCAGAAGCUUUGAGUCAAGGAGACAAAGAAUAUGAUGACAUCUUGGAGCUAAAUCAGUUUGAUGGACUGCCUUACUCCUCUAGGUUUUACACACUGCUAAAAGAGAGAAAGGAGCUGCCAGUGUGGAAAUCAAAGAGUGAAUUUUUGGAUACUUUGGCCAAAGGACAGUUUGUUGUUGUCAGUGGCUUUGCCAAAACUGGAAGGAGCUCUCAAAUUCCUCAAUGGUGUGCUGAAUUCUGCCUGUCAGUCCAGUUCCAGCAUGGCAUGGUGGUUUGUACACAGAUUCAUUCACAACAGGCUGUAGAUCUCGCCCUGAGAGUGGCUGAUGAGAUGGAUGUCAACAUUGGCCAUGAAGUCGGAUACAGUAUCCCUUUGGAAACGUGCUGCACCAACGAGACAGUCCUCAGAUACUGCACAGAUGAUAUGCUGCUAAGGGAGAUGAUGUCAGACCCUUUGCUUGAGCGCUAUGGUGUGGUGGUUGUGGAUCAGGCCCAUCAGAGGACUGUAGCCACCGACGUCCUUCUGGGUCUGCUGAAGGACAUCGCUGUUCAGAGGCCAGAGCUCCGUGUGGUCCUCCUCUCAGCUGUUGAGCUAGGCCCCAAGCACCUGGUUCACUUCACUGGGUCAGCAGUUCCAGUGAUCCAUCUGGAGACUCUGGGUGCAGAGGAGGUGGUGUACAACACCACAGGUGACAGUUACUUCUGCUCUGCUCUCCAUCUCGUGUUGGAGAUCCAUCACUCUAAGAAGCAGGGAGAUGUGAUUGUGUUUCUGGUGACAACACAGGAAAUUGAUCUAGCCCAUGAUAUUCUAUGUCAUGAGGGACACAGUUUACCUCCUCAUCUGGGUGAGCUGCUGCCAGUUGCUGUGCAUCCUGGCCAACAUGGGAAUCUGCCCAUCAUGAGGCAGGAAGCAGCUGUCCGGACACGCAGAGUGUUCCUCACAUCCAGCCCAAACGAGGACUUUUUCUGGGAUGUUAGCUCAAUCAGCUUUGUUAUAGAUGCCGGGCUUGAGAAAAGAUAUGUCUACAACCCCAGGAUCAGAACAAACUCAGUCAUCAUCCAGCCAGUCAGCACAAGUCAAACAGCAUGUCGCAGACAUCUGGCAGGUCCAACAGGCAAGUGUUUUUGUCUGUACCCAAAGGAGAGACAACUUCCUACCGAGAUUCUUCCACGUAUUGUGGAGUCGGACUUCACCUCCACUGUGCUCUUCCUGAAGAGGAUGGAGAUCGCUGGACUGGGCCACUGCGACUUUAUCGACAGGCCAGACCCUGGAGGUCUCAUGCAGGCUUUAGAGGAACUGGACUACCUAGCUGCUCUGGAUAAUGAUGGCAACUUGUCUGAGAUGGGCAUCAUCAUGUCUGAGUUCCCCCUGGAGCCCCAGAUGGCCAAGACUAUUCUGGCCUCCUGUGAAUUUGACUGUGUCAGCGAGGUGGUCAUCAUCGCUGCUAUGCUAACAGCACCAAGUUGCUUCGUGGUCCCCCCUGUGGAGCUGAAGCCUGAAGCAACCCAGUGCCAUAUGAAGUUCCAACACCCGGAGGGAGACCACUUCACCCUUAUCAAUAUCUACAAGGCCUUCAAACAGUGCCAGCAGAACCCAUGCUGUAAUGAGGAGAAAUGGUGUCAGGAUUUCUUCCUGAACCACACUGCUCUGCUCAUGGCCGACGCUCUUUGUGUGGAGCUUGUUGACACUCUAAAGAGGAUCGAGCUGCCCAUUUCAGUGCCUGCCUUUGGCUCCCAAAGCAACACUGUCAACAUUAAGAGAGCCCUUCUUGCAGGUUUCUUCAUGCAGGUGGCACGAGAUGUGGACGGAUCGGGGAACUACUUUAUUCUGACCCAUAAGCAUGUGGCACAGAUCCAUCCUCUGUCUGGCUAUGGAGCUAAGAGGCCAAAGCUGGGCCUGCCAGAGUGGGUCCUGUUCCAUGAGCACACAUUCUCAGAAGACAACUGCCUCCGCAAUGUAACCCAGAUAACACCAGAAGAGUUUAUCCAGAUGACACCACUGUACUUCUUCUACAACUUACCACCCAGCGAGAGCAGAGACAUCCUGCAAAACAUUUUGAAUCAUGGAGCUUCUUAUCAAAAGGAGAAACAUCCAUCACGAGAGGAAGCUCAGGAGAACCAGACAUCUGAGCGAUGUGUCAUACAGUGACUGACAGAGCCACUGUUCUCAGUUCUCAGCUAUGAUUAAAUAAUCAUCAGGACUUGACUGCAGCACAGCAUCUGGAUUCCUGAGUAUUCACAUUUUUUUCUUUUUUUAGGAGUUACUUUGUUUUAUCUGUGCCACAAUCUUUUUUUUUUUUUAAUCACACCAUGUUCCG